AUGGAAAAGAAGAUCCUUGAUGUCGUACUAGUCCCUACAGGUCUCGUUAUAAUGAUCGCGUACCAUUUAUGGCUUCUCUACCAAAUCGUUAAACAUCCCACAAAAACUGUCAUUGGUGUCAAUUCAAUCAAUCGCCGUUUAUGGGUUCAGGCUAUGAUGGAGGAUGUAUCCAAGAAUGGAGUUUUGGCAGUGCAAUCAUUGAGAAACAACAUAAUGGCAUCAACGCUUUUGGCUUCAACAGCAAUUAUGCUGAGUUCUCUUAUUGCUGUGUUGAUGAGUAGUAGAAAUGGAGAAAGAGGUGUUGUAGCUGUGGUGUUUGGUGAUAGGACUGAGCUAGUUUUGUCCAUAAAGUUUUUCUCAAUAUUGGUUUGUUUCAUGUUAGCAUUCUUGUUGAAUGUUCAAUCAAUAAGAUACUAUAGUCAUGCAAGCAUACUCAUCAAUGUUCCAUUCAAGAAACUGUCGUCAAAUGUUAGGCAACAGAAGCUAACAGCUGAGUAUGUUGCAAACACAGUUAACCGUGGAAGCUAUUUCUGGUCACUUGGUUUGCGUGCCUUUUACUUCUCUUUUCCACUUUUCAUGUGGAUCUUUGGGCCUAUUCCUAUGUUGUUUUCUUGCUUUGCACUUGUUUCGAUGCUCUAUUUUUUGGAUGCUGCUUUUGAAUGUGGUUGGGCUACUACUGGAGUUGAUGAUGAUGAUGAUUUUGAUGAAGGUGAUGUUCACAAGCAACACUACGUUGACAUUGAAUUGGAAGAACCGAUUAAAAAUUAA